AUGGAGUCGGUGGCUCUGUACAGCUUCCAGGCGACGGAGAAGGACGAGCUGCCCUUCCAGAAAGGGGACACCCUGAAGAUCCUCAACAUGGAAGAUGACCAGAACUGGUACAAGGCUGAGCUGUUUGGCUGCGAGGGCUUCGUCCCCAAAAACUACAUCAAAGUCAAGCCACACCCGUGGUACGCAGGGAGGAUCUCCCGGCACCUGGCAGAGGAGCGGCUCCUCAAGUGCAAGCACCCGGGAGCUUUCCUGAUCCGCGACAGCGAGAGCUCUCCGGGGGAGUUCUCCAUCUCCGUCAACUAUGGGCAGCACGUCCAGCACUUCAAGGUGCUCAGGGAGAGGAACGGCAAAUAUUUCCUCUGGGAGGAAAAAUUCAACUCCCUCAACGAGCUGGUGGAUUUCUACAGGACGACCACCAUUGCCAAAAAGCAGCAGAUCUUCCUCCGGGAUGAGGACCAGACCCAGGAGGUGAGGAGACCCAAAUUUGUGCAAGCCCAGUUCGACUUCUCAGCCCACGACGGCUCCCAGCUGCCCUUCCUCCGCGGGGACAUCAUCGAGGUCCUGGACUGCCCAGACCCCAACUGGUGGCAGGGGAAGAUCUACGGCCGCGUCGGCCUCUUCCCCCGCAACUACGUCCACCCCAUCCGCAAGUGAGCUGCUGCGGGCGAGCGGGGAGGACUGUGGCCCCCGCUGCCCCCCACUCACCGGAGCUGCUUUGUGCCUGCUUCGUCCCCACGGAUGGUGCCUGUCCCCUUGGAUGGUGCCUGUCCCCACAGAUGGUGCCUGUCCCCACGCUGGGCUGCCAACACAUGACAUCCCAGUGCCACACGUGCUGUGGUGAAGGUAGAGGCCAGGCUGGCGGUGAUCCCCAUCCAGGAGCUGCCCUGAAACAUCUGCCAUGGUUCUCCCUGCUCCCCCGACCCAGGAGACCUUCAUCACCCCCAGCCUGGACAUCGCCUCUCGCUGCGGGCUGGCAGUGGUGGUCCCCCAGGAGUACCAGGGCCAUAAAAACUUCUCCAGAGCCACAACCUGGUGGGGUGACAGCAACGGGGGGAAAGAGCACGUGUGCCCCAAACCUUCACUCCUCUCCAGACCCUGUAAGCGAAGCCCCGACUCCAAGGAGGGCUGGGAUGCGGCCAGGUAAUGCCAUGGAGGGUGCCAGGGCUCGGGGUGCCAGGGAAGGCUGGGCUGGGGGGGGUU